AUCUUCUUACUGAAGAAGAACUCUUCCGAGUAGUUAUUCCCAUUCCUGAACUUCUUCAGAUUAAAACAACGACCACGACACAAGCAGCAACGAGAAAAAUUCCCAAUAUACCAGUUUUAAAGUGGAAAAACUUUCUUUCGAAUGCCCAUAACUCAUCAACGACUCUCGAUACAAACAAUCGCAAAUUUAGCAAGCCUAACGUUGAUGAUCUCAAUGGCAUUUUAUCCGCCGAAGAUUCUGCUGUUGAUAUGUUCUUAAAAACGAUGGAUGCUAUUAAUAAUAAAAGGUUAAUUCUUUUACAAAAACCGGAAUGCUGGUGCAAACCUUAUAUGUUUAAGGAAAUUAAAGGUCGACCAGAUGCUAUACGUUGUAGUGCAGAUGAUAGGAACCUUUUGAAAAAUCCCAAAGCUUCCCAGAUACUUUCAAUCGUAGAGAUUAAACCUGAACAGUUAAUGAAAACUUUAAUAGGUCAUGGAACUGAAUUGUUUGAGGAAUACAAUACUGCAUUGACAAUGAAUGAUAACGAAACAAAAUAUAAAAAAAUCAUUCGAAUCGUUAGACAAGUAUUUGGAUACAUGGCUGUUAAUGAUUUACGAUAUGAUCCGUUUACACAUUCUUCACCACCUAAUACUGAAGACAAUAGUGAUAAUCUUGGUUUGAGUGGUGAAAAUAACAAUGAUAAUAAUAACCAUAGCAAAAAGGAUGAUGACCAAACAUCGGGUUCUAAGAAAGGAGGUAUUUUUAAAAGAACCAUGGGGGUAAUCACUCGUAGUAAAGAAAAAGUUAUCAGUGAUGAUGAGCUUCUCAAAAAUAUGAAAAAUUAUAAACGUUAUCAAAUUUCUUUUGGUGAUUUAUUGGGAGGUGGUCGGUCCGGUUCCAUUUUUAAAGUCAAGUUUUAUGAAGAAAUAGGCGUUCUUAAAAUGGUAGACUUGUAUAAAAAUGAGCAUCUAGUAACUGAACUGUUAAAUGAAAUUAAAAUUUACCUCGGUCCUCUCAUGGAUAUUCAAGAAAUUUUCAUUUCAAAACUUCUAAAAUAUGGUGUUCUUCACGAAGCAUUCGCUUUCAUUUUUAUUUCAUUUGCCGGAAAAUCGUUUGCGGAAUUAGAAAAUGAUGUCACAUUAGAAGAAAAGAAGUUGGCUAUUUCAGGUUUACAAAUGAUUCAUGAAAGAGGAGUAAAGCACGGUGAUAUUCGAUUGGAGAAUAUAAUGAUAAAUAGAGAUGAGUUGACAGAUCUAUAUUUAAUUAAUUUUUGGAACGUUGCAAAAGUGAAAAACGAGAUCUACAAAAAUAUUAAGCAUAAGUGGGCACCGCUAACGCUCUUGCAACUUCGUAAAUUUAGACAAAUUUUAAAAUUAUCAUGUCUACUCAUAAAAUUAAUAUAG